AUGUCGAAUCCAAACGCUCUCUUUCUGCUUGCAGACCACGUCAAACUGUCGCUACUCGAGCGCCAACGAGCACAGACACUGAAUCUUGAGAGUGACUCGCAAGAUGGGCACAUCUCCAGGUCAUUAGAUCAAUUCCGCGAUGGGCUGGAAGCGCUGGAGAAAGAGCAAAAGCGGCUCGAGGAGGCCGGCGAUGCAGACAAAGCUGCCAACAUCUCAGACUCGCUCCCCGCUCUUCAGAAGCAAUAUAACGACCUGACGUCGCAAUUCCACGGCUUCUCCUCACCAAGCACGACAUCAACCCUCACACACCCCAAUGACCCUACUCUGGCCGAGGACUUCGAACACGCCACGACCACCAGCCCGCCCGCAGCCUCAUCUACCCUGCAACCGCCCGCCAAGAAGUCCCUACGCUCAUCAUCCGCCACAUCUCCCGGCGGCGGCGCUUCAUCCAAGACGGUACGCUUCCAGGACGCGGCGCCCGUCUCGGACGUCGAGGCGCAGCUCUUCAACCAGCCGUACCGCGACGACCCGGACGCGCCGCAGGGCUACCGCGACCAGGCCGCCGGGCUCGAGACGAACCAGCAGAUCCACGCUUACCACAGCCAGAUCCUCGCCGACCAGGACGCGCAGCUCGACCGCCUGGGCGAGAGCAUCAGCCGCCAGCGCGAGCUGAGCAUGCAGAUCGGCGACGAGCUCGACGACCAGGUCGCCAUGCUCGAGGAGUCGGAGCGCCUGACCGACCGCCACCAGGGCCGGCUGGACCGCGCGAGGCGGCAGGUUGGCAAGAUCGCCCGUGGCGCCGGCGAGAGCAAGCAGAUGAUUGCUAUCAUCGUUUUGAUAGUGAUCUUAGUCCUAUUGAUUGCUGUGCUAAAAUGA